ACUUUCUCAACUCUCAACUCUUCCGUGGCUUCAUAAGUACGCCCCUCAGUUUCUUAUAAACCAAAAAAGCGGAACACCAUUUUUUCUUUAUUUAUAGUUCAACCCCCCCGUUCUUUUUUGAGAACGAUCGUUUUUGCCACAUUCUAAAAUUGCUCAAGAUUCUACCUGAAACCAACGAGAGAUUUCAGAACUUCUCAAUUCUUUCCAUUUUUUGUUCUUCUCCUUUUCAAAUCACUUUUUUUUUUCUUUUCUUUUGUUGGUGUCUGGAUCUUGUAUGGGGCAGCAACCAUCCAAAGAUGAGCUUGUGUAUCAGCGGGCUAGCAACGGCGAUGUUGAAGGGAUUAAAGCCCUUGCAGCAGAAGGAGCUGGCCUUGAGUGGGUUGAUAGGGAGGGAAAGACUCCGUUGAUUGUUGCAUGUACGAAACCAGAGCCUUAUGAUGUGGCGAAAACGUUACUAGAACUUGGCGCCAAUGUCAAUGCGUUUGCACCAGGCCGUAAUGGUGGAACGCCGUUGCAUCAUGCAGCUAAAAGAGGAUUGGAAAAUACUGUUAAAUUACUUCUUUCUUACAGAGCAAAUACUUCGAUAAUUAAUGAUGCUUGCCAAACUGCAUUGGAAGUUGCCAGAGCAGCAGGGCACAAGAAUGUUGUUCGUGCCAUUGAGAAUCAUAUUUGUAUAUUCUCUGGUUGGAUGCGGGAAUUUUAUGGGCCGGAGUUUCUUGAAGUACUAGCUCCUCAUUUCCUUUCACGGAAAGUCUGGGUAGUUAUUUUACCUUGUGGUUCUCGAAAUCCUAUGAAGCCUACUAAGUUGGAGCUUGCCAUAUAUGCUAGCUUGCAGGAUGCCCAGCCUCGUCUAGUUAUUCCAUUGUGGAAAUCAUAUUUGGAGGAACAUAGGUUACAGGAAUCUGAUCCGUCUGUUGUCAUUGUCGACAACACUCCAAACCUAGCCCCAAGAGGAGGGAGGAGGCGAAGACGGAGUUGCCACACCUCCUGGGAAGCCAGAUGUCGAUUUCGAAAAUCAAAGACUGGGCGCCUUAGACUUGCACCUGCUACUGAGCACGACAGACAACAACUUCAAUGGUUUUGUGAUGCUUGCAAAGGGAUUCCUCAGCCAAAGGCAAUUCAAUCUACAGCUUCGCAUAAUCACCAGAGCCCGACCAACAUUGCGACAAUACCCCCCAGUGCGGAAGAUCCGGACCUCGUGAUUGCCAUAAAUGCCUCUAUUCAGUCAGCUAUGCAGGAAAGAGGACAGCUUCAUCAUAAUCCUCAUUCAUCUAGUUCUGAAGCAGGUGCCUCCAGUAGCAGUGCAUUACCUCAACCUGCUCCUCCUAAAACAAGUUCUAGCAAAUGGACUGUGCACGAAGCCAGCCAUGGUUGUUAUAGUCCAAGCCAUGGUGUUUGCGCGGAAACACCAAAUGAUCCUGUCCCUGUCAUCCAGAUCAUGCAUCCUCCAAAUGCAGUCCCCACAGCUCCACCUGUGGCAGCCAAUACUUUUGAUGCUAGCACAAGCACAGUUGACUACCCGUUGGUUGAUUCUGACCUUGUAAAUGUCAUACCAUCUUCAUCCGUUGGGAAUGAAGGGAAACAAGGUAAUGGCAACUCGACGUGUGUCAUAUGUUUGGAUUCUCCAGUAGAAGGAGCUUGUGUCCCCUGCGGCCAUAUGGCUGGAUGUAUGUCUUGUCUAAACGAGAUCAAAGCCAAAAAUUGGGGAUGCCCAGUUUGUCGCACCAAGAUCAAUCAAGUCAUAAAGUUGUAUGCGGUAUGAUGAGCCUACAAAUCAAUUAGCACAAUCAGAUGAAGUAUCGUUGAACUUGGUCCAAUAUAGUUUGCGUUGCAUAUCUAUACCUUUGUGGUUUCAGAUACUUACACUUUUGAAGUCACAGAUGUAAAUUAUUUCGAUGGAAAGAAGCAGAUUGUUUUACAGGUACAACCUCUACUAAAAAAAGGGAAAAAGAAAAACAAAAAGAAAAAAAAACGGUAGUAAAAUGAGUAUUACACUUAUAAAUUAAGCUCUAGGCUUUUGUGUGUAUAUAUAUUUUGUAUAUGAAUUUGUUUACUUCAGAUUCCAAGUUUGUUAAUCCAUUGUUUACAAGUAGUUUUUAAACGUGUGCUUUCAUAUGGUGAAGAUCUUAUGGUUUAAACUUGUGUAACAUCAUUUCCUCUCAAAUAACUGAGAAGAAUGCUUUAUUUUUUAUAACAUGUGGGUGGAAAUUGAAUCA